UGCAGCAGCUCUGAGUCCCUCUUCAGUCUGAGCAGCAGCAGCAGCAGCAGGAUGGCCUCCAACACCGCCACCAUGGGAAACCUGCCCAGCGGGGCGGGAAUAUGUACGACCAUCCCCGACAUCCUCUACCUGCCCGAACUGAUCUUCGGGGGUCUGGUGUGGAUCCUGGUGGCGUGCACGCUGGUGGUGCCGGCGAACCCUCAGGCCUGGGUCAUGUUCGUCUCCGUCUUCUGCUUCGUCAUGACUUUUAUCUGGUUGCUGGUGUUCGCCUGCGGGAUGCACAACAACAGAAGCAGCUGGGCUGCAGCGGACUUUGCGUAUCACGGCAUCGCUGCCUUCUUCUACCUCAGCGCUUCAGUGGCUUUGGCCAAAGUGACCCUGGACAUGAACAAUGGGACCAACAACAGGAACUACAAGCUGGACAUCUCUGCAGUGGUCUUCUCCUACGUGGCGACCCUCCUCUACUUCAUCCACACCAUCCUGUCGGCCAUCCGAUGGAAAUCUUUCUAGAGGUUUCCUCCCGCAGAGCCUUGUGAUCCAGAACAGGACUGAUUCUUUUUCUUAAAGCGUGUACAUGAUUGGG